GGCGACUCGAUUCAAUCUUCGUUCAACUUUCGUUCCGCGCGUUACAAGAUCGAGGAGUCGCAGUCCGGAGUACGCAGUCCGCAGUCCGCAGUCCGCCACCCGCAGUCCGUCGCCCUGCCGUUGGGCCCUCAGCCUCAUCCAUACUCACAUCCAUCCCAGCGCCAGCGCCAGUGGCAAGAACAACGCGGUCGCAAGUACCGAGUACCGCCUGCCCUGCCCCGCUUUCCCCGGCGAAUCGAAUCGAAUCGAAUCGAAUAGAAUCGCAUCGGAUCGGAUCGAGUCGGGAUUAGCCAAUCGGAGUGCGCGAGUGCAGAGAUUCGACUUGGAUAAAGUGCGACUUGGCCACGCCACAGCAAGAUGCGGCACUUGCACCUGCGGCCGCACGCGAAGUGCGCGGCAAAGUGUGUGAAAUGUGUGUGAAAUAGCUGAGAAAUGCUCAGACAUAGUGCUCAGACAUAUCGAAACACCAGCAGCUAGAAUAUCUAUCAGUGCCCCAGUGAACGACCAUUAUCAAUUAUCUGGAAGUGCUCGAAAGUUGGGAACUGCACUCUUUUGACAGCGGAAUACAAUCAAUAUACAUCUUAAGUCAACUUAGGUCUAACUCAAAACACCUAGAAUAUAUACAUAGAUCUCACUGCCACUCUUCAAUCAUCACUAUGAAGCACCCGUCGCCAAGUGGAGCGACCCUCUGCAACGCCAGCAUGCUCUUCCGCCAGUGCCUUUCCCACCCAACCUGCUCACCACCCACAGCCGCUGCCCGGAGUGGCCUGAGACCCUCCCCGCGAACUCCAACCCGCACCUGCAACCGCACCCGCACCCCUCGAUGGACGCUCAGCCCCUGGGCGCUGGUGAUCGCCAGCGGCUUCUUAAUGCUUAACACGCCGACUACGACAGCAUUUGAUAUCGCUACGUGCAAUGUGCCGCUGGGCAUGGAGUCGUUGGUCAUUACAGAUGCUCAAAUCACAGCGAGUUCAGCCCAUGACAUGGGAUUUGUUGGGCCCCAACAUGCAAGACUGAAAACCGAUAAUAAUGGAGGAGCUUGGUGCCCCAAGCACAUGGUGUCGAAUGCCCUGAAGGAGUAUCUGCAGGUGGACCUUCUGCAGACGCACGUGAUCACAGCGAUCCGCACGCAGGGACGCUUUGGCAAGGGCCAGGGCCAGGAGUACACCGAGGCCUACGUCCUCGAGUACUGGCGACCCGGCUUCGACAAGUGGCAGCGCUGGAAGAACAUCCAAGGCAAGGAGAUUCUGCCCGGCAACAUCAAUACGUACAGCGAGGUGGAGAAUGCCCUACAGCCGAUCAUUUUCGCCUCGAAAAUACGCAUCUAUCCGUACGGCCAGUACGACCGCACCGUCUGUCUGCGGGCCGAGAUCGUCGGCUGUCCGUGGGAAGAGGGAAUCGUGUCCUACAGCAUUCCAAAGGGCGUUCAGCGCGGUAUGGAAGUGGAUCUGUCGGAUAAAACCUAUGACGGCAACGAACAGGGCGAUCGCUAUGUGGAAGGCCUUGGUCAAUUGGUGGACGGGCAGAAGGGCAAGGACAACUUCCGUACCGACAUCCAUGGAUUUGGCAAGGGUUAUGAAUGGAUUGGCUGGCGGAACGAUACGCCCGGUCUGCUGGGAAAACCGGUUGAAAUUGUCUUUGAAUUCGAUACGGUUCGCAAUUUCAGUGCCAUCGUGCUGCACACGAACAACAUGUUUACCAAGGAUGUUCAGGUGUUCGUGCAUGCCAAGGUCUUCUUCAGCAUUGGCGGACGCUACUUCUCCGGGGAACCUGUGCAGUUUUCCUAUAUGCCCGACACCAUAAUGGAUCAUGCCCGGGAUGUAACCAUCAAACUGCAUCAUCGCGUGGGCAAAUAUUUGAAAAUCAACUUGUACUUCGCCGUUAAAUGGAUAAUGCUGUCGGAGAUCAGCUUUAUAUCCGUGCCUGCACUGGGCAAUUUCACAGACGAACAGGAGCAGCGCGGCAUUUCACCGAGUCAGGCGCAGGACACUCACGAUGACACCAAGAGCAAGGAGUACCAGCCCAACAAGAACAAGCCCAACGGUGUGGGCGGCUCUGCCGGAGGCCUUGGAGAGGGCGUGGCCACGGCGGGCAGCGAUUCCGGCGGCAACGGCAAGUUCAACAACGGACCGCAGCUAAUUGCGCCACGCCCCAUCGAUCAGGAGCCGAACGACGCCAACUUCAUCGGGGUGGUCAUCGUGGUCCUCACCACGAUAAUAAUCCUGCUGGUGGCCAUCAUCCUGUUCAUUGUCUCGCGGACGAAGCGCGCCCGCGGCAGCAACGUCCUCGACGCGUUCCAGUACAGCUUCAAUCCCAACACCCUCGGCGGCAAUGGGGACAAGCACCGCCCGAAUGGCAACAGCAUCAAGGCCAGCGUGGACGACAACGACUCCAUAGGCAAGAACAGUCUCUACCACGAGCCUUUCAAUGUAAACAUGUACACCAGUGGCGUGAACGGCUAUGCGGCGGUUAAUGAUUUACAGUGCAACAUGACGCCCGACUACACAGACGUGCCGGAAGGUGGUUACGCCGUGCCGCACAUGCAGGACUACAUGCCCUCGUCGAAGAUGGGCGGUGGGGGGGCAGGGGGCGCCGGCUAUGUGAACGUGCGGCGCACCCCGCCCCCGCCGCUGAGCAGCAUUUUCCCCCGACCGCCCACAGUGCCGCCGCCGCCCAUGGAGAAGUACUACGCCACCACGGCCAUCUUCAAGCCGCUCAAGGGGCCGGGCUCGGAGCGCAGCGGCGGCAGCGGCAGCAGCAACACCAACACCGUGAGCAGCGGCGGCGGCAAGAGCAGCCACAGCCACAGCAGCCAGGACCACAGCGGCAUCUACGACGACGGCAUCGGCACCAUGAACUCCAACGCCACCGCCCCCAUGAUCAAUCCCUACGGCGGCGGGAACAGCUCCGCCGCCGCGGAGUUCCAGCGGGCCAGGACCUACAACUUCCGCAGCUACCCCGACAACCUCUAGUUCGAAGCCUCGCUCCAGCUGGUGGCCGCGGCGGGGCCCGGGGGCGCGGAGGCGGGCUGCGCCCCCAAGCGGGCCGCCGCUGCCCCGGCCGGCAGCACCACCAUGCCGAAGAAGCCGCAGCACCUCAGCCUGGUCGCCAACAUGGCGGGCGGCUGCGGCUACGGAGGCGGAGUCGGAGGCGGAGUCGGAGGAGGAGUCGGAUGCGGAGCUGGAGGUGGAAAUGCAGGCGGAAGCGGAAGCGUCGCCAGCAAGGCGAAACACAGCCUGACCCUGCACAACACCAGCAAGCACGUCCCGCAGCUGGCGAUCCUACGCGACGGUCACCAACAUCACCGACAGCACCUCAAGGCCCUGCGGCUGACGCGGGAGGCGGGAGGGGUGGGCGUGGCGGAGCCAUCGGAUUACCGGCGACCCACCGCCCUGGAGGAGGUCACCCACCUCUCCGCCGGAGAUGUGGUGGGCGUGCACGCAAAGGGCGGUGCAAAGCCAGCGGCUGCCAGUGGCGAAGCUUUGGGCAACAUCACCAAGUCGAUGGGGGAAGGCGCUAAGUGCGCAGCCGGCAGUGGACUGGGAGGCGGAAUGCCGAACGGAGCCAUGAGGGCACAGAAAAACAGGCUGUGGUAUCAUUGAUGAAAACGCCAUAUUGAAUGGAUUUGAGCGAGAUCAUCUACACGGAGAUCCAAAUGCAAAUGCAUCAAGUUUUAAGAGGACGUAACUCUAGUGAAAGCCCACGCCAAUAAUGAAAAGCGGACAGAGAUCAGCGAAGCACAAAGAGUUGGAACAAUUAACCCCACUGAGCAAUCAAGAAACGAAGCGAUCGGAAACGAAAUCAAGUCGCCUACCAAUCAUUUUUAGAGUAGAGUUGAGAGUAUGCCAACAACGUAGGUAACGAAAAAUGUUUAGAACACCCUGUAAAUAUACGAGUUUAGGAACCGGUAGUGAACAACAUGCAUAUAAUAGCUGCGAGAUAAAUUUCAAAGAUAAUACCAGGCCGCAUCGUGUGUGUUAUGCACAGCUCUUGGGCAAGAAUAUACACGAAUAAAGCAAAUAUAAGGACGAAUUUAAGGUCUAGCGUUUAGCGACACAAUUUGUUUAUAAAACGAAGGAGGAAUUAUUAUAUUGAGUAACACCUAACUAGCUUAUAAUAAUGUUUAACUGAUUUGUAGUACUUUUUCGAGAAGAACACUGAAAAUCUGCAAACUAACUGUACAUGCCUGUGAACCUACCCCUGAGUAAAACUAAACCUGAACUAUCUGACCCCUGUAAGCGCCUACACUCACACUACUUAAGCCCCACUGUAAAUUUUCUGUGUAUAAACUUAGAGGCAUAGGUUAUUCUAUAGAUGGAAACGCCACGUUAAGCAAAAUUACGUAGGGAAAACGUCGACCGAGGUGAGAUGAUGAUAAAAUUGUAACGGAAUUUAACGGACCAAGAGAGCGUGCAGAGCGACUUCGCCUAAACCAAGUAAAAUGAAGUUUUCAUCAAUGAUUUGUGAUUCAAUAUUCAACUAUUUAUAGACACGCAGAUGCGAGUAUUCAGUUCUUAACGCUAAAUUUUAUUUAUCGAAAUGUACUACCCGCAAACAAAACAAAUGACUCUGACUAUAAUGAAAGCACUAUGAAUAUUAAAAGAAAUCGUAUUUAUAACUAAUUUUAAUGGAUAAUCAUGUAUAUGUUCCUUUUUAGUUUAAUGCGCAUUAGUAUCACCCGAAAACUUACUAAGAGUUAAAAGUAGCAGCUUCGUAGUAGACUUAUAAAGCAGCAGCAAAGAUUACAUAAUUUUAAGCAACCGGAUACAUAGGCAAACAAUAGGCGUGUUUGAAAUAGCAUUAAAUAUAAACAAAACUACUUACAUUAUACAAUUAGUUUAAAUAUUAAAACCGUAAAAGAAACCAAAAUAGGCACACGCUCAACGCAAACAGAGUUUAAAAUGUUUGUGCAAGAUUUUUCGAAGGUUUUAACAGAAAAAAAUAAUACGCGAGGUAAAAUAAUGAAAAGUGUUACAACAACUUUUAAAAGUAUUUAAUAACAUUAGGCUUCGAGAUACGUCUGUAUGUAUUCCUCAACUUUCUGCACCAAUUCUAAACAUUUCACCUUUCCAUUGCACCAAAGGUUUGCCAGCACUGGCCCACUGAUACACAAAAUUUCAGCAAUACACGAUGAAACACUGUCCGCCACUGAAAAAUUACUAUCGAGCAAAAACAAAUCACGAACCUACCUACAAGACUUGUGUAAAAUAUAAAAACAAAAUGUAAACGAAAGCUAAUUAAAACGAUUAGAGGUUAAGUUAAAAAUACAUUUUGUAAAAAUUAAUAAAAGUACACUGUAAAAACUUAUAUACUAAUGUAA